UGUUUCAGGAAUUUAUGCGAAAAACCAAUGGAACUGAACCAGGAUGUCGUGGACAGGUAUUCUCGGCAGCUUAUAUUGAAAGAAAUUUCUCUACACGGUCAAACCAAAUUAGCCCAGAGUCGAAUUCUGGUCAUCGGAGCUGGAGGUUUAGGAUGUCCUCUGACUCUAUAUUGUUGUGCCGCUGGAGUUGGCACUAUCGGAAUUGUUGAUAACGAUUGUGUCGAAGUCUCGAAUCUCCACAGACAAGUGUGCCACGACGUCAAUCAAACUGGUAAACCAAAAGUUGACAGUUUAGAAGAAACACUGAAAGCUUUGAACCCUUUAGUGAAUAUUGUGAAGUUCAAAGAAAAGCUGACUCGAGAAAAUGCCGUUGGAAUCUUUCAAAAUUUUGAUAUGAUAGUAGAUUGUUCUGAUAAUGCGCCUACACGUUAUUUAGCGUCAGAUGCAUCUGUAGUGUUAAAGAAACCGCUUGUUUCGUCUAGCGCUUUGCGUUUUGAAGGCCAGCUGACAGUGUACAGACCUUUUGAGGAUGACAACCCGUGUUAUCGGUGUAUAUUUCCGGAGCCUCCUGACCCUUCUGUAACUGGUAGUUGCUCUUCAGUCGGCGUGAUGGGAUUUGUAUGUGGGGUUAUGGGGUCAUUGCAGGCCCAGGAGGUCGUCAAGCAAAUAGUUGGUUUGCCCAAUCCUUUAGUUAAAAAGAUGCUAGUCUAUGACGGAUUAAGCUGCACAUUUAGAACGAUAAAAUUGCGAUCGAAGUCAAAAGAGUGCAAAUGUGUUUCAUUGCCGACUUCUUUGGACUCAUUUGAGGACGUUGUUUUCAAAUGCGGACCAAGUUGCAAAGUUUUGUCGGACGAAGAAAGAUUAUCUCCUGAAUUGUAUUCAAAAAUGAUCACGGAUAAAAAACCGCAUAUUCUAAUCGAUGUUCGCAAUGCAUGCGAAACUCUUUUUUCGAAUCUCAACUUGAAUGACGAAGCAAUGUAUAUGAAUUGUCCGAUCAAAAGUUUAGCGAAUGAUGAGAAUGUUGCAAAGUUGGUGACUUCUGUUGAAUCAAAGGCGCAAAAUGGUGGUGGAAAUACAGUUGUGGUGAUGUGCAAACGUGGCAAUAAUUCUCAGAAGGCAGUGGAAGAAUUGAAAAGAGCAGGACUGAAUAAAACUGUUGAGCUCAAAGAUAUUAAAGGUGGACUGUUUGCUUUGAAAGACUUGAUGCCAGAAUCGAAUAUUUUCUUUUAUUAA